ACAAAAGGCGAAGUAGCCUGACUAGGGCCAAGUCUGCAGACAGAGAGGGAGUCAUUUCAUUGGCGCCUGAGCCAGCAAAGAAGUCAAGAUGGCCAAAGUUCCUGACCUUUUUGAAGACCUGAAGAACUGUUACAGUGAAAAUGAAGAAUACAGUUCUGAAAUUGACCAUCUCUCUCUGAAUCAGAAAUCCUUCUAUGAUGUGAGCUAUGACCCACUUCAUGAGCACUGCAUGUGUCUGAGUACCUCUGAAACCUCAAAGACAUCUCAGCUUAUCUUCAAGGAGAAUGUGGUGGUGGUGGCAGCCAACGGGAAGGUUCUGAAGAAGAGACGGUUGAGUUUAAAUCAAGUCAUCAUUGAUGAUGACCUCGAAGCCAUUACCAAUGAUGCAGAAGAAGAAAUCAUGAAGCCCAGAUCAGUAGCAUACAACUUCCAUAGCAAUGAAAAAUACAACUAUAUGAGGAUCAUCAAAUCCCAAUUCAUCCUGAAUGACAACCUCAAUCAAAGUAUAAUUCAACAAACAGGGGGAAAUUACCUCAUGGCUGCUGCAUUGCAGAAUCUGGAAGAUGCAGUGAAAUUUGACAUGGGGGCUUAUACAUCAAAAGAUUCUAAACUUCCUGUGACUCUAAGAAUCUCAAAAACUAGACUAUUUGUGAGUGCCCAAAAUGAAGAUGAACCUGUAUUGCUAAAGGAGAUGCCUGAGACACCCAAAACCAUCAGAGAUGAGACCAACCUUCUCUUCUUCUGGGAACGCCAUGGUACUAAGAACUAUUUCACAUCAGUUGCCCAGCCAAAGUUGUUCAUUGCCACACAGGAACGAAAACUGGUGCACAUGGCAAGAGGGCAACCCUCUAUCACGGACUUUCAGAUACUGGAAACCCAGCCUUGACUCUGGAGUCUACUUACUUGUGAAGUGUUGACAGUCCAUAUGUACUAUGUACAUGGAGGAGUCAAAUCCUUUACUCUUAGUCACUUUCUGAGCAUGUGCUGAGCCUUUGUAAUUCCAAAUGAAUGUUUACUCUCUUUGUAAGAGAGUGAGCAAGGUCUAAUGGAACCAACACUAACAUAUGAUGUUGUUUGUUAUUUAAAGAACACCCUAUACUUUGCAAACUACCAAUCAGUUUAAUUAUUAUUCUUCAUAAUAAUCUUGGGAGGACCGGGGCUACUGACUAUGGCUACCAUAAAGAUUCUACCCAUAUUACAGAUGGGUUAAGUAACUGAGGCAUUAGAAAACUAAAUAUCCACAACAGCAGCUGAAAUGAGAAGCCAUAGGCCCAGGAUUUUAUUCCAACUGCUUGCUUUUAAGUUGCUGAUGGACCCUUAAUCAAAUACUGUAAGUUUCUGGGACCAGUUUGAUCAUCUUCAAAAUGGAGGGGAUGAUACUUAUAUCCUUCCUGCCUCAACAGUAUUUUAUGCUAAGCAAUGAGGUCAGUUUAAUAAAAUAAUUCUUGAAUGAAAAUACUGAGCCUCAAGAAAGCAAAGCAUAAAUAUUUAUUAUUAUUUAUGUAUACAUAUAUAUUUAUCAAUAUAUUUUUAAGAUAAUUAUAUUAUUAUAUUUAUGGCAAUUCCUUGCAUUCCUCUGAGUGUGACCAGUCAUCCUUAACAAUAGGAAAGAGUGUUUUUUAGGCUAAAUGAGUUUGAUUUAGUUAUACUAAGGCACUUUGGUCAAGUCCUGCUUUUUGUAGUACCUGGAAGACCUAUAAUUGUGAUAAUAAAUUUAUAUUAAUACUUUGUGCUGAUAAUUAAUCCUUCACUCCUCUACUUUUAAACUUGCUUUAGCAUUCUUGUGUCAUUCAAUUUCACCUGCUAUCAAGUCUUACUAGCUAAAGUGGGAUAAACCAGGGCGCCUGGGUGGCUCAGUUGUUUAAGCGACUGCCUUCGGCUCAGGUCAUGAUCCUGGAGCCCCG